UUGGUCUCGCUGCCGUGCGCUAAGUUUGUUCCGCGUUGCCGUACAUUCAGCAUCGUUUGUUUAUCGCCAUACGAAAUCCAACCCGAAAUAACAACACACACAUUUCUACCUCUCGCAUACACACACACAAGCGGCUGUAAUCAACGUGUUGAUAAAUACUUCUUAUCGCGUUUCGUGGAUUGAUUCUUUGCUGGCCGGCGAGCGAUGGCCGGCGUCGACAGGGAGCUGGAGGAGCUGAGCCGCGGCUCCGGCGAUGAGAUGCUCGUCGACGGCAAGGAUGAACCCGGCGAUGCCGACACGCCGAUGAACCUCGCCGCCGACUCGACGCUAGGCAACAAACGCAAGCUGAAGAAGAUCGCGCGACAGAACAGCAAAGAGAACGUGGUUGCGAACUCCGCCGCUGGAUUCAUCCAUGCGCCACGGUCGUGGAAGAACAGCCGCCGUUCACGCAACGGCUUCGGUCGUGGGCUGCCGAAGAAAGGCGGUGCUGGCGGUAAAGGUGUCUGGGGUCUACCCGGCUCGGAACUCCUCGAAGCCUACGAAGACGUCAACGAUCCCAACUACGACAACGAGAAUAUGAGUAAUGGCGAUAUUGAGUUGAAGGCAGUCAUACCGGAUAUCACCGUCGAAGAUGUCCGACGUAAAGUCGAGCCGAUCAUUCUCGAAUAUUUCGAAAAUGGCGACACGCACGAGGCGGCCAUUUCCCUAUCCGACGCUGUUCCGCAUAACCUACGCGAUAUUCUCGUACAAUUCAUGGUGGAAAUCGCCAUGGAUCACAAAGCGUCUCAUCGUGAGAUGACAUCCGUGCUGGUAUCCGAUUUAUACGGUCAAGUGGUGACCGAAGGUGACAUCACUAAAGGUUUCGAAAAUUUACUGGCGAACUUAGGCGAUCUGAUCAUUGACAUUCCCGAUGCGCCGAUGGUGUUAGGCAACUUCAUCGCACGCGCCAUCGCUGACGACUGCAUUCCGCCGAAGUUUCUCGCUGUUAUGAAAGACAAAUCCGACGCGGAGCCGUUCCAAGAGGCGCUGGAUCGUGCCAACACUUUAUUCACCAUGAAACACGGUAUUGUACGAUUGCACAACGUCUGGGGCGUCGGCGGAGCGCUUCGUCCUGUCAAAUAUCUCACCCGACAGAUGAAUCUCCUCCUAUUGGAGUAUAUCUCUUCUCGGGAUAUUUCCGAAGCUACCCGAUGUGUCCGCGCAUUGGAAGUACCACACUUCCAUCAUGAAUUGGUCUAUGAAUCAAUCGUCAUGGCGCUGGAGGCUAAUUCCGCCUCGAAGGAGGAGGCACUAUGCACGUUGCUCAAAUCUUUAUCCGAUGCGAUUAUUAUCACGCCGGAUCAACUCGAGCAUGGCUUCUUCCGCGUGUUUGAAGACCUCGCGGAUAUCUCCAUGGAUGUACCCUUAGCGUACAUUAUUCUUGACAGAUUUGUUGAUAGAUGCUACAAGGAGGGCUUCCUCACCGAGCAAAUCGUCAAGCGGUUGCCAUCGCGUGGCCGCAAGCGAUUUGUUUCGGAAGGUGAUCAGCACCUGAUUAAAAACCACCGAAUCAUUUAAAUAUUUUAGCGGCGUCUGUUUUGUGGGCGUGGCGCUGAUGACGCUCUGGAGAUGUUGUACUAGCUACCUACAUACUAAUAUGGCCAUAAGCCCUCUCUUGAAUUAGUUAUCGUUUGCGUAUUUAAUCAUUUCUGUAUGAUAAUGAUUCAUUAUUAUUAUAUAAUAUGUAUGCGUGUAAAGAUGGCGGUGUGUGUGUGAGUGUGGUUGCAUACCUUGGCAUGGGUGUGCAAUUGCGGCAAACAAACGUUUUGGUUUUGUUUGCGUUUGGAUUUCUUGGCGUUUUUUUCUCUUCUUUUCUUUUUUUUUGCAUUUGAUGAUUUGAUUAGUAACGAUUCAAGUACAUAUUGAGAUAUAUUGAUAUAAUCUACUCUAGUUGCACUAAACGAAUAUGUAAUUAUAAAGCGAUGAUUGAUGAAUGCGGCUGCUGAGCGUGGAACUGUAAGUUUUUGGAAAUUAACGUGUUAAUUUUUUGUAUUUGUUCUUCUAUGAAUAAAGAUUAUUUCAAGUUUA